AUGUCAUUUUCUAAUGGCCAGCCUGCUUGGCCAUCGCCGGCCUUGCAUUACUCGAACAGCAGCAGGUCGCUCCAGCAUCUUGAUGAUGCCUCGGCGCGUACUUCGACCCCUGUUGAUAACUCCAUCGCGCCGGUACCUGAGCUCACGCUAGAUACCGAGGAAGAAUCCCGUCGCGCUCAUUUCGCCGAUCUGUAUCGAAAAACUGAAAGCAGGGUCGCGCUACUCUUCUCGGAAAACGGUGCAUAUAAUCGUGCUGCGAUCGAGUCGUUGCGUCGCCUACCUGUCGCGUCGGCAGUUACCUUGCCGCCCACCACCGACCACGAACCGAUAAAAGAACCGCCCAUGAAGAAAUUGAAGCGGGCAAUUGAUGAAGAUAAUUACGACGAUGAUGACGACGAAGACGAUGAUAGCGCGCCUGCUGCUAUACCCGAAACGCAGGCUACCAUAGCCGCCAACCCCUUCAUAUCACCAUCAAAAUCUGGUAGCUCGCCGGUUAACUCGCCAGCCAAAACUCUUGAUAAGUCGAAAUCUCAAGGAAUGUCUCUAGGUAAAGAUGCUACCGAGGAAAGCGAAAUAAAAAAUCUCGAAGAAGCGCGAAAAGCGACGGAAGCGGCCGCCCGCCAAAGUUUCCAUACAAUCAUGUACACAUUGGAGAAUGAUCGCACUGCUAUGCUCGAACAACAACAAUUGGAAGACUCGGAAAAGCAGCUCCAAGCUGAAAUGGAUCACAAUGGCCAGGGAGGAGGCAGCGGACACCAGAACGCCAACCAAGGGACACUCAGUAGUGCCAAUCUAGGCGCCUCUAGCCUGACGCUGAAGCAUCUCAUUGCGCGAAUCGACAUGAAGAGGGAUCAGGUCCAGGCCACGGAUGCGGAACUGCGAAUUCUUAUGAAUGAAGUGCGCAAGAAUCGAAGCAAGUGGGCAAGCGAAGAAAACGUCAACCAGGAGGACCUAUACGAAGCCCUGGAAAAAGUCUUGACAGAGCUGAAGGCACACACGGAAUACUCCACGCCAUUCCUUACCCGCGUCAACAAACGAGAUGCGCCAGAUUAUUAUACUAUGAUAAAGAAUCCAAUGGAUCUCGGGACGAUGACGAAAAAGUUGAAGUCAUUAACGUUCAAGUCGAAGAACGAUUUUGUCGCUGAUCUCAACUUAAUAUGGGACAAUUGCUUAAAAUAUAAUCACGACAUGAAUCACCCGCUCCGCCGCAUGGCUAAUGGUAUGCGUAAAGAGGCGGAGAAACUAAUACCUCUGAUCCCGAAUCUCGCCAUCCGGUCACGAGCCGACGUUGAAGCUGAAGAAAGACGAAAGCAAAAUGGCGGAGAGGAUGACGGAGGCGAGGACUCGGACGACGAGCCUAUCAUGUCAUCCCGAGGAGGGCGCAAAGCCGGCACCAAGGGCACUGGCAACAAAUCCCGGACUGCACCAUCUGAUGAGCCGAAAGAAGAUACACCAGUUGUUGAUCAGAAGCCUAUAAUCCAGUUAAAUGGUCUUCUUGGGAAACAUGGGCGUGAAGAUUCCGAGUUCGACGGAAGCAAUGGCUUUUCAACGCCACCCAUUGGGCAUCUGACGCCGAAUGGCGCGAAUGGGCACUCCGGUAUGGGUAGCAAUGCCGAUGCCAUGGAGAUUGACGGGCCGAGCUUGAAUGGGAUGACGCUCAACCAGACAUUUGGUGAAGUAAACGAACAAGUUUAUGAGGAUGAGGAAUAUAAGAUCUGGAAGCAAGCGACAAAGAAGCAUCGAGCCUUGGCCGCCAAAGAACGCUUUCAAAUAUUCAAAGAGAACAGGUUGAAUGCCGAUGCGCCAGCUCUACUUCGAAGCAAGGCCGGUAUGCGUCGAUUUUUGAAGCAUCAGAAAGAGGCGGAAGCACUUGGCUUUGGGCAAGAUUAUUCAGAUGCGUCAGCGGUGGCAGCAAAGGAAGCCGGCGCAAAGGCUUCGGAAACACUCGCCGAAGGAAUUGAUGAGGAAACGGACAAAAUCAUGCCCGACUACUACGACUCACUAUCGAACCUUCCCGAUGUUCCUGUAAAGCUGCAAUGGAUUGAGGAUGGGGAAGGGCAUGUCAUCAAUCAGCACGAGGACUUCUUGCGUCUAGUGCCGCCCGGCUUAUUUACUGCACCUCACAGCCGAUUCACAAAGAGGAUGGACGAUAACAUUCGUCAAAUACAAGAGACUCGGAAGCUUGCAACCAAGAUUUCUGUCAUCAAGCAGAUGCAGGUUCAGUCGCAAGUGUAUACGAAUCAGUUCCCCAAGUCGAAUAACGAGCCAUUUAUAGAGCAGGAUAUCGAACCGCACUUCAUCUCCGACGACGGUCCAGUCAUGGCUGCAGACGCUUGCCAAAACGCGCUGAAGCGGUCUGUUGGCAAAAUUCUAUACAACUGCGGAUUCGAAGAAUUCCAGCCUUCAGCAGUGGAUGCUCUCACAGGUAUCGCUGCAGAUUAUUUUCAAAAGCUUAUCAGGACCUUGAAUACCUAUCGUGAGGCGGAGAAGAAGACUGUCAAGACGAGUGGGGGGAUGGCAGUACAGCCACGAUUCACAGCGGAAGAAGUUAUUCUGCACACGCUCGACGAGAACGGCCAUGAUAUCGCUUCGCUCGAACUAUACGCCAAGGAUGACGUUGAAAGGCUCAGCACAAGACUUGGCACAUUGCAUGAGCGAAUGAAGAUGCAUCUGACAGACCUGCUUCGCCCAGCAUUAUCUGCCGACGCGGGCAAUGAUGGAGUGGGUGCUUUCAGGGAUGGCAGCGACCAGUUCACGAGCGGCGACUUUGCCGACGAGCUCGGUGAGGACUUUUUCGGCUUCAAGGCUCUCGGGCUGGACAAGGAGAUGGGUCUGGACUCGUUCUCCGUGCCAUUUCACCUACUGCAGAGCCGUGUCCGCAGUCAGUACCAGAUGCAGACGCAAAACGCGGGCUCGACCAGCCUCGACAUGUUUGAGACGCUGCCGCCGUCGGAGCCUAUCACGGCGGAAUCGAUACAGCAGCACGUGGGCCUCGUGCGCAACUUCUUCCUGGCCAAGCUGCACGCCAGCGGCGACCAGGCGCUCGUCGAAGACGAGGACCUGCCCACGAAGCAGCGCAAGCCGCGGCCCCGCCUCGGCGCCAGCGGCAAGAUCAUGUCGGCCCAGAAGCGCCCGCCGCGCGAGCAAAUCGCCCUGGCGAAGAAGAAGAAGAAACUCGAGGCCCAGGCGGCCGAGGCCCGACUCAAUGCGGAAAAGGCCGGCGGCCCCGGCAGCGGCGGCAGCAUCGCCACCACCGCCCUGUCCAAGAAGAAGCCGAGCAUCUCCACGGCAAACGGUACUGGGGCCGUGGGGCCGCCGCCGCCGCCGCCGCCGCCUAACCCGGCCGUCAUGGCGCUGGCGCCCGCCAUGGAACGAAACGACAGCUUGCAGAGCGCGACGGACAAGGACGACACGACGGGGAUGAUGAGCCCAGAGAGCAUUGCGCAGUAG